GCGGCGUUAGUUCCCUCCCGACUGACUGAAAAUCCCCAAGGACGGUGGACUCUGCUGCGAAUGGGCACAUGGGGACUUGGGGCAGUCUAAUUUGUCGAUCUAUCACACACCCAUAUUAUGUUUUUCUCGAUUUCGGAGAAUUCAACUUUGUGGGUUGACGGCAUGGGUGCAAGAGCUGGAGGCGUUGUGCCGGAAUUGGAGCUCGUUGCUGCACACCGUUGCUUGUAAACAGCGUAGUUACUUGGAAAACGUGUGGAAUCUGCUGGGAUUCUGGAGUGUUGGGUUUGUUGCAGUGCUCGAGGAGAUGCUUAGGUCUGUGAUUACGAAGCGGCGGGUUUUCGGGAUGAAUUUUGAGGCAUUAGGUUUCUGUCAUUAUAUUUGGUGAGCUGACUCACCUUUAUCUGGAAUUUCCCGUUGGUGGAUUGGCGGUAGAAGGCGAUGUGCGCUUUGGUGCUGGCAAAGAAUGUGCGUGAUGUGUUAGAAUCCUGCUGUUACAGAGGGUGGACAGAGUCUUGUGCUAUGAUAGUUUAGAGGAAGUUGGGAGGCUUUUGCAGGGUAUUCCUGAGUGAACAAUCGAGGAGCAGGUCAGAAUGGAAGUACCUGUGAAGGCUGAUGAUGAUGUUCAACUCUCACAUGAACCUCUAGUUGUAGCUGAAGAUGUCGAGGGGACACAUGAAGUUUCAGAAAAUUCCCCGGAGCCUCACCUCAUCGCUAAAAACAAGGAGAUUGAAACCGAAGUCUUAGAAACAUCACCUGAAGUUCAAACUGCAGAUGAAGAAAGAAAAACCUUGUCUGAACCGCAAACUGAAAACGAAGUGGCAGUGUCACGGCCAUCCUUGGAGUCGGUAUGGGAAUCUCUGCAAUCUGCAGCAGUUUCACAGUCUGCAUCUCUCGAUCCCCAAGAUGCAAGUCAAGAGAAAGGGACAGUAGGUGAAGAUUCACAACUUUCACCUGAACCUCAGAGGAUACCUGAAAUCACGGGGAGGAAGCCAAGCGCUUUACGUACUCGAACUAGUAAUCGUGUGAAGAGGAAUGUAACUUUCAAGGAUGACUUCGAAAAACCAGAGGAGCCACGGGUUCAGAAGUCAGGCAAUCAAAGACGAGAUGGAGAACAGUGGCAGAAAAUUCCACUUGGCUGCGUUGGACUUCUCUUGUCUGUAGCUCUCGCUUUUCUUGUUGUGUAUAUGGCCACACCAAGCAUGCCUACGAAACCUCGAAUCUGGACAAGUGCAGAACUAGAAAAAUACAACGGGACUAAUAACAAACCUCCUGUACUUCUGAGCGUUUUGGGGAAUGUCUUUGAUGUCAGUAAGGGUUGGAAACACUAUGGACCAGGGGGCAGCUACCACCACUUUGUGGGAAGGGAUGCGUCUCGUGCGUUCGUCUCAGGAAACUUCACUGAUGAUGGACUGACAGAUUCUUUAGAAGGUCUUACUCCGUCAGAGAUCAAGGCUAUUGAUGAUUGGAGAUUGUUCUUUGUCAAGCGCUACGUUUACUUGGGAAAGCUAGUUGGAUCUUUUUACAACAAAGAUGGAUUACCAACCAAAAAGUUACAUUUAGCGGAGAAGAAGAUAAAGCAGGCGUCGAAGAUUGAGAAACAACAAAAGUUUGAUGAAGAGCGGUUUCCAAAUUGCAAUUCUAGGUGGACUCAACACAAAGGCGGAGAGGUUUGGUGUAACGAUGGCAAGUACCCACGCAUUGUUGAGUUGAUAACAGAGGGGCCCAGGAGAGGUCCUCCACGAACACGAUGCGCAUGCCUGGAGGGAGAUGAGCUCCAGCGCCCAGGUGUGAAAGAAUAUGACGGGUGUGAUGCCCGACUUAGCAAGUGUGAGACAUAAUCACUGGCAUUAUGUAUUAUAGCUGACAAUACCGUUCAUGCUCCAGUCGAAGCCUAGAACCAUGGUAGGCAUUGGCAUUGGCAUUGGAAUUUGCUGGAGGCUAGACUCUCAGCGCUUUGGUGGAAUUCAAGAAGACGCCGUGAAACUAGACAAAUCAUCCUGCCAUGUAAGAUGGAAGCUGCAAGAUGACAUAGUUUUCAAUCAUAUUUGAUUGUACCUGGGUACCGCAGCAUCUGGGUCAAUCCUCGGUGUCAUAGCUGUGGCUUUUCUUUUCGUUGGAGACCUGAAGCAAGUGGGUUCAUGUGUGGAAACUUACGUCCUGCUUGGUGCUGAUGGGAGAGAAUGUAGAUGCACAGUAAUAUUAUCACUGGGAAGCAUGUGAGGCAAUGUAGAUUGAAACGUGCUUCAACCUGAGUGCUAGUUGUCAAAUCACCUGUCCCUAUGUCCCCAUAGUUGAUAACAUUUGCUUGAUCAUGAUUCGCUCAGAAUUCAGAGCUUAGAAGCAAAGAAACUAAAUAGUACACUCUCAAAAUUGAAGUGAUUUGAAUGCUUUUCAUUUGAGAUAGCCAUUUCAAAUGGUCUCGUAAUCAAGAGAAUUAAAUGAUAUGAAA